CAAUUUAUAAGGUGCGCAGUAAAAUGGUAUAAAGAAAAAAAAACAUAACGCCAAGAUGAAGAUCUAAACACUAAACACUAAGAGGAAGACCAAGUCUCUUAAAUACGAAUGCUUAUGAAAACCUAUAGAAGUUUGUAGUUGAAAAAAGCGAACAGAACGGAAAUACACGGAAGAAAAAAAACACUCUUUAAGAUGGACAGCAGUGUAUAUAUCAACGGUAUGAGAUACCGAAACAGAGUUUUUGUCGGUGGCCUGAUAAAGACAACAAAUGCUGCAGAUAUAGCAAAAUACUUCAGUGAGUUUGGAAAAGUGCUGGAUGCGAAAGUUGUCUUUAAUGAUAACGGGAAUUCUAAAGGUUACGGUUUUGUCACAUUUAAUAACGAAAAAAGUGUGAAAUCGGUUUUGAAUGCAUGUCCGCUGUAUUUUAACGGAAAAAAACUUAAUAUCGGACCUGCAAUAAGAAAGCAGGCUCCAGAUUGUGCUGGGGAGUCAGUAUUGGUUUUAAAGACACCAAAAAUAAAGUUCUAUCCACCGAAUAAAGAAAAACCAUACAACAAUUCUUUAGACCCAUCGCACAUAAUCCCGUUGCAGAACUAUACAACGGUUCCUUAUUUUAUUGACAAUUAUGGGACAACUUAUUUUUUUUAACAUUACGUAUUUUUAAUUUCGUGUAAAUAUUAAUAUCAAAUAAAUUAUAUUUAAACCUUA